CAGACACAGACUCAGACUCAGACUAGGACUCGGGCUCGGACACGGUCACGGACUCGGACACGGACUCGGACUCGGACUCGGAUUCGGUCACGGACACGGACUCCGUCUCGGACUCGAACACGGACACGGUCACGGACUCGGUCACACGGACUCGGACUCAGACACGGACUCGGUCACGGACACGGACUCGGUCACAGACUCGGUCACACAGACUCGAACUCAGUCACGGAAUCGAACACGGACUCGGACUCGGACACGGACACGGACUCGGACACAGACUCAGACUCGGACACGGACACGGACACGGACUCGGACUCGGACUCGGACACGGACACGGACUCGGACUCGGACACGGACUCGGACACGGACACGGACUCGGACACGGACACGGACUCGGACACGGACUCGGACUCGGACUCGGACACGGACUCGGACACGGACACGGACUCGGACAGAAUCGGACUCGGACAUGGACUCGGACACGAACUCGGACUUGGACACGGACACGGACUCGGACUCGGACACGGACUCGGACUCGGACUCGGACACGGACUCGGACAUUAAUUUACAGUUAGUUUGAUGCUAAAAGCUCAUUUACACAUUAUAAUAACUCUUCAUCUAGAAGUCAACAAAACUCUGUUGAAAUAGAUUAAUACAAAAUAUGUUAAAAUAGAAAAUAGAAAUAGAUUAACACAAACACUAUAUUAAAUACUUUAUUAAAUAA